AUGUGGAUCGCCUUAGCAGCCUUAGCCACUGUCGGGGCCCAAGUGGUCCCCCAAAACGCUCACUGUGUCGUCUACACAGACAGCUGCGGACAGUUACUGGACACCCUCCCGGUGUGCCAAGAUUUUAAUCGACAAGUGUGCAACCGUCCCGCCUGCAAGUUUAUCCAUCUCAGUGACGGAAACGUGGAGGUGAUCGAGAAUCGCGUAACCGUGUGCAGGGACGCAGUAAAGGGUGCAUGCAUGCGACCCCAGUGUAAAUACUAUCACAUACCUGUCGCGUUGCCACCAGCGCCCCUGAUGGCGAUCACGUCACCUGCAACACCCUAAUCAACCGUUCCCCGUUCAAUGGAUAUCACGACGACGCGAACAGAGAGAAAGAGACACAAAGAGAAAUAAAGAGGUAUCAGAAGAAAGGGAAAAGGGAAAAGAAAAAAAAAAAAAUAGGAACUUCUUAAGAGUGCGCGUUACGUAGGAUCGCGUAUUGAACUGAUCAGUCAGGCAAGAUCGAUGAGAAA